AUGGUAUCGUCCGAUGCGCAGUACGGCCCUAACCCGGUCGGUCACUGCGCAGGAAGGGGAGUAUCAGACGUAGCUCCGACCGACACCAGCAAAAUGGACAAUGCUACAGAAGAAACGAACACCAACGGCACAGCUGAUGUCUCGGACUCUCCUGAAGCCGACCAGAACACGCCGGAACCCAGCGGCCCGGCGGAGCCAACGGAACCCCCCAAACCCUUCCAACCGACCUUCACGGUCAAGGUCACAGACGCAGCCAAGGACGGAGACGUGGUGAAGUACUCCCUCAAGACAGCAAAAAAGUCAGGUGGAGAGGAGUACAAGGUGGUGAGACAGUACGAGGAUUUUGAGUGGCUGGAGCACUGCCUCGUCACGCAGAACGACAUCGGAGGGAUCAUCGUCCCUCCACUGCCUCCUAAACCCUCGACAACUGCUCAGAGUGCCGAGGCCAGGUCAAAAAAGCAGCUGGGCAACAAGAAAAGACACGGAUCAGACGAUGAUGAAGGGAAUGACAUUAAGCUGGUGGUCGGGGAUGAGUUUGAGAAGGACUGCAGAAGUCUGGAGAAGUACUUACAGCUGGUAGUGACCCACCCAACCCUAGGCCAGGAUGAGGCCAUUACUAAGUUCCUGACAGUCAGAGAGCUUGGUGCCUGCCAAAAGCAGUCUCACGAGACGCAGCUCGUCUUCAUUACAUCCUGCCUGGUCCAGUACAUCUAG